AUGCUCUGGCUCGUGGGUGCCUACAAAUACGUCCAAAGCAUCAACCAACACAAGCAAAGUGACUUGGUUCAGUUCAGACUCCGUGUCAUGGCAUGGUACUUGAGACAACUUACCGUCAUCUCAAGAGCUCCAGGUCCAUCAAACGUUGUCAGAGCUAGACAAUUGGGCUACAAGCGUAAGCAAGGUUACGUCAUCUACAGGGUUAGAGUCCGUCGUGGUAACCGUAAGAGACAAGCUCCAAAGGGUGCUACCUACGGUAAGCCUGUUCGUCAAGGUGUUAACCACUUGAAGCCAAGCCGUGGUCACCGCGCCAUUGCCGAAGAACGCGUUGGUCGCCGCUGCUCAAACCUCCGUGUUCUCAACUCAUACUGGAUCAACCAAGACGGUGUCUACAAGUUCUACGAAGUCAUCCUUGUCGAUCCAUCCCACAAGGCUAUCCGUCGUGACGCUCGUAUCAACUGGAUCUGCAACCCAGUCCACAAGCACCGUGAAUCACGUGGUUUGACUGCUGAGGGUAAGAAGAACCGUGGUCUCGGCAAGGGCCACAGAUUCAACCACGCCCCACGUCGUGCUACAUGGCGCAAGCACAACACCCUCUCACUUCCACGUUACCGUUAAGUGUGAGGCGUGUAUAUCUUUUGUUGUACGCACAUUCAUGCCGUUUUUUUAAUAUUUCU